AUGAUGGAAGUUGAACAAAAUGCCCAGGAAUCUUACAGACGCGGAGAAUACCACCAAAGUAUAGCGUAUGCAAAACAGUGGCGAAACAUCUCUAAAGAAACCGGUGAUAAAGAACAAGAAGCCGCUGCCUGCAACAUUGCAGCCUUGUCCUGUUAUUGUAUAGGAGACUACAAACAAAGCAUAGAGUAUAGCAAACAAGAGUUACAAAUUGUGACGGAAGUAGGAAACAGUGAACGUCAAGCAGCAGCAUGUGAUGUUACAGCUCAGUCGUAUUACUGCGUAGGAGAGUACAGACAAAGUAUAGAAUACUGCAAGCAAGCGCUUAGUAUUGCCAGGGAAGUGGGGGAUAAGGAACGACAAGCAGCGGCUUGUCGUAUUUUAGCCUUGUCGUUUUACGAGGUUGGGGACUACAUUCAAAGUAUAGAAAGCAGCAAAGAGGAACUGGCCUUUGCAAGGGAAGAGGGAGAUGGAGAAAGGGAAGCAUCAGUGUGCGAUGUUCUGGCCAGGUCUUAUCUGCGGAUUGGAGAGUACAAACAGAGUAUUGAGUACGGCAAAAAAGCACUGAGCAUUGCUAAGGAUGUACGAAAUAGGGAAAGAGAAAUAGACGCAUGCACUGUCCUUUCAGGCUCGUAUUACGAGGUUGGUGACUAUAAACAAAGCGUAGAAUGUGGCAAACGAGCCCUGAGCAUUGCAAAGGAAGUAGGAAACAGAAAGAGAGAAGCGGAAGCAUGCGCUGUUCUAGCCUGGCCGUAUUACGAGGUAGGCGGAUACAAACACAGCAUAGAAUACGGAAAACAAGCGCUGCGCAUUGCAAAGGAGACGGAUAACAGGGCGCGGGAAGCCGCCGCGUGCUCUGUUCUGGCUAGGUCAUACUACGAGAUUGAAGAUUACCGACAAAGCAUAGAAUAUGGCAAACAAGAGCUGGUUCUUGCCAAAGAAUUGGCAAAUAGGGAAGCAGAAAGAAAAUCGUACGAUAUUUUAGCAAGGUCGUAUCGUGGACUUAAAAACGACAAAACAGCUAACGAGUAUAGAAAACUUGAAAAGUAUUUACAAAAAGGAACUUUAGAUGGGAAGUUUCAUUCAACGGAUAGCAAAGAAGAUGGGAACGCAGAUGCAAAUGAAUUUCCAAUUCGUAGUUCUUCAGGUAAAAAGCUUAUCAUGAUCGGUUUUUUUACAAUAUUCGUCUAACUAGAAAUACGCAAACCCUGACGAAUGUUAGUGGGCAUAAUGAAGCAUUAAGGUGGACAAUUUUAGUGGGGAAUAAACAAAAGCAUAAUGUACAAAGGCCUAAACACCAUCCAAAUACACUAUGGUGUAGAAACUCAGAUUCGGAUUGUUACAUAACUUGAUAUCUAAAGAAAACCAAAACGUAGGUAAAUUAACCUCUUUUUGUCUUUAGUUUCCAUUUUUCUUUCUCUAUAGAGUGACAACUAAUAAAUGUUUCGAACACAACACAUUAAAAAGGCCCUGCUAGAUCAGAAUACUAUGAAAUAUGCAAUACCGGUGUUGCCAAUUCUUUCUUUGAAAAUGUAACUAACUGAUAUCCCUUCAUUCGAUAGUUCCAAACGAGAUUGAAGCACGAGGACCAAGAGCAAAGCUUGCCUAUGAAAAUGCUUUGAAGACAGGAAAAGUAAAGGUGUACCGAGCCCGAAUUAUGCUGAUAGGUCAAGAUCGUGCGGGAAAGACAAGUUUGAAGAAGUCCUUCUUAGGUCUGCCAUUUGACCCUGAGGAAGCGAGUACAGAAGGAAUUGAAGUUGAUCCAUCCAAAUUCGAUAUUGAAGUUGACCAUGUCAAGAACUGGCAACGCACGGAUGAAAAGUUCGACGUGUCUUACUUUGUGAACGACAUUGCAAGGAUGGUGGCAACAGAAAUUCAAGAACUGAAGGAAACAGAUCGGGAUUCAGAACUUCAAAAUAUUUCAGUGGAGAUACACUCUGAAAACAGACAGGUUGGUAGUUUAUCAGCGACAUCAUUUCAAAACUCUCAUUUUCGCGCGCUGAUUGGUUGAGAACUAAGAUCGACGAGAGUAUAGGCCCUGAAGAUAACGUAAUUUUUUUUCUCUUUUUCUCGAUUUUCUAAGAAACUUUACCGGAAAUGACGUCAACGCCUGGUUAAAAAAAACAACAACAACAACAACAAGUCGACAAAAAUUUUCCAUGGUCUGUACAUGUAAGGUCUUAACUGACCCGUGACGUAAAAAUGUUCAAAACUUUACAAUGAAACUACCCUCCUGCGGCUCGUAGUUGUCCCCCCUGAGUUUUGAACACUCUGAAUUCCUUUGUUUCUAUGGUCGACAACAGCAUUGACCACGGGAGAUCGUUGUCGAUUCGUUUAUUAUAUAAUUACUGUCUGAACACUCCCUUUGAAUGCCAAAGUACAUGUCAAAGUACUCUGAAUUUACAGAAACACAAGGGGAGGGUAUGAAAAUGGUAAGAUAUUUCAGACCCAACGGCCUCGUUGACUAAUUUGUUGUUGAUGAUGUUGUUAUAAGUAAGAUCUAAAUUUUAUGCGAUGUUUAACCGAUUGUUUUCUAUUGCAAAUUUUGAGCAAUAGAGAAACAUUAUCUUGGCCCGGGGGUGGGGGGGUACUCUUGGGAGUUCUUGUUGGGGUUGUGCUGCCCGGUUCUCCAGAUCCUGACCCUAUUUCAGACCAAAAAAUGUACUUUUCCACACUCGUUUUCAGACUAGACCUCGAAAGUCCAUACCCGUUUUUAGACCUGGCCUUUAGGCAGAAACUAUUUUAUCAUUACUUGAAUUGGAGGGCAGAGAAAAAAAAUACUUUAAAUCCACAUGAUUUAGAAUUCUCAUAUUUCUCUUUCUUUCCUAUUCACUUGGAACUGAAACGAUAAAUACGUUCAUACACUUCCGUAUAGUUCCCCCUAAACCCUACCCGAUUCCAGACCCAAAUAGGCAAAGUGUAUACCCGUUUUCAAAAGGUGCAAAAACCCUACCCAAUGGGGCGGCACAUAACUAUAUAGCUUAUAUAAGGGAGUACCACCCCCCGGCAUCUUGGCAGAAGGUUGAUCUUUAUUCGCACUUUUUGCUGACAGGUCUCUUCUUGGCUGGACAAACUCAUGACAAAACUAAGGCGUCAGAAAAGGAGAGAAAGAGAGAUGGAAUCCAAAAGCCAAGAUGAAACAGACAGUGCUCAGUUUCAUCAAAGUACACAGGUUAGUUCGUAGUCAGCCUUCAAAAAUGGAUGCAUAAUUUCGCUGUGAAAAAGUGUUAAAAAGGCAUGUUAGGGUUUUCUAUGAUUGAAUUUUACAAAAAAAUAUUUGCUAUAUCGGACUGAACUAUUCAAUGAGAAGAAUUGUGUUAUAUGUUCUUCAAAUGCAGCCAAAGCUUUCGUAACCACGUCGGAAAUUCGAAAAAGUGGUCAUAACUAGAGCUGGCAGCUUAAAUAUGAGAAUGAGCUCUUGUAAGAGACCACAUGGUAAAACAAUAGAGGGUGGAGCUAGUGGUCUUUUAGGAGAGCUUUAGGAAAUCAUUAAUAAUUUAUAAAGUAAAACAAAAGAAAUUAAUGUUUAAUGAGUGUCUUUAUAUCUGAUAUAGACACGGCUAAACCUUACGUCCAGUUUUUAGACCAAAAUAACCCCAAGAUCUUUAUCAACGAACCAUUAGUGCAGUGUACAGUUUCAUUUAAGUGUUGAUUUAUAUUAAUAGGACUCGGAGUGGUCGCUUAGAGAGCUUAAAAACAAAGAAAAAGUUUACUUGGGUAAUCCCAAAAGUGGCCACGGUCGCUUACGAGAGCUUUUCAUCUUAAUGUUUAAGUUUCAGUUCAAACGGGGUUUCACAAAGGUGGUCGUAACUAGAGCUUGUCGCUAAUUAACGAGAAUGGUCGCAAGGGGAGGUUCCGACUGUAGCUAGCAUUGACAUUUUGGUAACUCCUUCAAAAAAUGGGAAGGAACGUACAAAGAUUGGGCCAUAUAGAUUAAUUAACCCUGUUUCUAGAUUCAGAAUGGAGACGAAAGCAUGGAAACACAAGAAGCUCGAGUUAUUCAUCAAGACGUUAUCUACAGUGAAGGCGAAACAAGUCAACCUUACAUUCCUGAAUUGAAAAUCGAUCCCACUUUACCUCCAGACCAAUUUACAAAGCAUCUUCUCCAGUACUUAAAUGGUUUAAACCUACCAACUCAUGCUACUGCGGCGGAACAUCGCAUUAGUAUUGAUCUGUGGGACUUUGCCGGACAGCAUCUUUAUUACGCUUCAUAUCCAGUAUUUUUGUCACCACGAGCAGUUUAUUUGUUGGUUUACAAUCUCAACAAGGGAUUAAAAGAAACCGCUCAGCCUUGUUUCCGUCAAGGAGUCCAUGACAUUCUUCUCGCUAACCCAAAUAACGAAAGCAAUUUGGAAAAUUUGUUAUCGUGGCUGGUUUCUCUCAGUUCUAUGUGUUCAUUACAAUCACAAGUGAACGAAAGGCAAACAAAAUUGGCAGAUCUGCCUUACUGUCGCCCUCCAGUGUUUAUUGUAGGAACACAUGCAGAUAAACCACAUGAAGACAUAACAAAGAUGGAAUUACAGAUUCAAAGAGAAAUAUCAGGAAUGAACUGCGAGCGUCACGUGAUCCGUCCUUUCUUUUCAGUCGACAAUACCCAAGGUUCAUCUGAUGAGGGAGUUGCCGCACUUCAGAAACGAAUGAUUGAAGUUUUAAAACAAGAACCAUACAUGGGAGAGGAGGUACCAAUUCGGUAAGUCAGUCUCCAACGCUUAAUUAAUUAAUGGUUUAUUUAUUUAUGAUAAUUUCAAAUAAAUAGGUAACAAGUUAUAAUUCGCCAGAAUUUCUGAAUGUAGCGAUUGGACUGACAACAUUUACCCUUCCAGGAGCGGUUACUUUCCUGCAUGGCUUUUAUCUUGUGCGGAGUCGUUUGUGUUGCUGUUAUUCGCGUAGUUGGCUUGUUUACUUCCCCAGGAGAAUUUGGAGGUGUCUAAGGCGCAUGCUCAAUGAAAACCACAGACGGCUCGCUGCAGACGUUUCUCUCGGGGGCGUAGACAAGCCAACUAUGCGAAUGAUAGCAACGCUAAUGACACCUUUAAAAAUCCCAGGUAGAUGGUUAACAUUUAGACGCUAUAUAUCAAGAUGGUGGCCAAAUAAAAAUUUGAUUAUCAAUAAUGGCGAAAACACAGACGGACGCCGAAGAGAAAUAUUUCCAUUUCUGUCACAGAGCUGUUUCUUGGCAUUAAAAACAGAUAUUAACAAUUUUUCAUUUUCACAGCUUAGCCAGAAAGAACAUUUCUUUCAAUAGACCAAGUCCAUCCUGUCAGGAAAAUAAAAAGCAAGAAGCAGACAAGUUUUGAUAUUUAUUUUUCAGGUGGUUUAACUUCGAAAAAGUUGUCCAAGCUCUGGUUUCUGAGAGAGUGUACUUUCUGAACCUCGAUCAGCUUCGGACAAUAAUUGAGAAAGUGUGUUUCAUCGAAGAAGAGAAUGAAGCUGCCACAAUGUUGGAUUUCUAUCAUGAUCUCGGCAUGAUUGUUAAACACCGCAACACAGUUGUACUUCGGGCUCAAUGGCUUAUUGACGUUUUCAAACAACUCAUAACAGUUCGCUCUUUCAGUGACAUGGUGAGAGACAAACACUUCAGUUUCAUAAUGACAGCUACAGCUGCUUAAAUCGUAUGAAUUGCUUUGCGGGGCUUAGAUUGCAAUGACCUUAUUAAUUCCAAUCUGACUCAUACCGUUUAACUUACUUAUGAAUUGUGAAAGGUUUGAUCCCAGGAGUCAUUUCAAAAGUAGGUUGAGUAUGAUCGUCCGGGUGAACGUAGUCCAGAAAUGGACUGUUGCCAUUGACAGUGACUGAUUGUCAUUAACAGUGACUGAUGUUUCGACAACCCAUGCGGUAGUCAUCUUCAGAGUCAAAGUGAAUUGUAUCACGUCAGUUGAUGGUAUUAAACUCUGGCUAUUGACCUGAUUGGUCAAUUAAGUCACGAUGUUAUUGGUCGACUGUCAGUUACGCUUUGAUGUUAUUGGCUAUGAAGACUCGUAAUGUCAUUGGUGCAUUUUAAUCCGUCUAUUGUCACACUACCACUAACAUGUUUCAAACCGAGGUUUGAUGUUCGCAACCUUUAACCGUUAGUACGUUGACACUAUGACUCAUUUUUUUAAUCUGGUUGUUCAAAGAUAAAUUCCACCGGAUAAAUCAUUAUCCAUUUUACAGCCCUUACGCUAUCCGCUGGAUAUUUUUAGCGCUAUCCGACGUUUGAACAAAAUUCCAAAUAAGAUAAAUUCCAAUACCCGACGAUAAGGAAUCAAUUCGACCAGGAAUCAGGUAGACGAAGAACCACUUGGUGGAUGUGCUACCUCUAUUAAAAUCGUUAUUUUAUUUAUUUUUUCUUCCUUUCUUUAUUUAAUUGCGAGUCUUCCAUUUUGGUCUUCCAGGAACCGAGAAAUUCCAGGUUGUGGAAAGAAAUGGAGACGACGGGUGUCCUUGACAUGGAGCUGGUUGAUCAUGUGUUCUCCAAGUGUUGCCAGCAGCAAGGCCUUAUCAAGGAGGAUAUCCUGAACAUGAUGGAGCAGUUUGGAUUGAUCGUCAAAUUUGCCACCUCGCCAACAAAUGAAAUGUACUUUGUACCCUGUCAACUGAAGUCGCCACCUGACGCCCUUUGUGAAAUGGGGCCAUCGCCGUCAGAUCCAUGUCCAUUGUACUUGAAUUUUCUGGGGGGUUUUGUUCCUCACGGUUUCUUCUGGCAGCUUGUGUCACGAUGCACCAGAUGGUGCUCUGGGAAUGGAUUCGGGCAGCCACCGAGAUUUUUCCAUGCGGCAGCGCUGUUCUUCAUAAAGAGUAAGUUCAGUUAUCACUUGGUUCUUCUGUGCAAGAAAAGAUUCAUCAAGAUCGCCUUGAAGCCAACCCAGUCCGUCUGUGGACCAUCAUUUCCAGAAGCAAACGAAGUAGCAAUUCUUGUGCGAACGUUUCUGGAGGGGACAAUGCAAAACCUUAGACGUGAGCUCCCUUGGUUGAGCAGUUUGACGUGGGACCUUCGUGUUGCAUGUCCUGGCUGUCAGCAAGUGGAAGACACUUGUUCUAGGCACGUUGACGACUCUUGUGAUGACGAGGAUUGUCUGUGUCUUCUUAGAAUUCUUGAAGGAGGGCAACUCAGUCACUGUCCAAAGAGAUUUUGUACUGAAGUACCAACGGUCACUGGAGUGGAGAAGUGGUUUGCAGUUAAAGGUGAGAUCACGUGAUGUCAAAUGAGCGCGAAGGGGACACGCGCGUCCCCCUAGCAAGCCGCGUUCUUUCUUGCGCCCAUUUUACUUAUAAGAGCCUGCUACGCGGACUACAGUUGAAAGAAUAGGGACAAUCAGUCUGUAGUUCAGUAUGGAGUCAAGAGUGGCAAAACUGUUCUCUUUAUUUAGUCGCUUAUAAAACGUUAAGAUAUAAGAUAAGAUGUACUCAAUAUUCAUUUUUAUUUUCAUUAUAUCAACUUAAAAGUCUGUUGUACUAGAUAGCCUGUGUACAGCUACCCCUUAACCUCAAGAAAAAAUCGGCUUAACUAAACUUUUGUGUCGUUUUUUUGCCCAGCAUUGCGUCCAGGCUAUCACCCUGGUACGGACGAUGUUUACAACAUGACAGGUCGCCCAAGAGGAAUAACGCUGAUCAUUAAUAACGCGUCUUUUACCCUUCAUCCUAAACAUGGACAACAGUCACCUCGUCACGGGUCCGAAGAAGAUGUUCGUCAAGUUGAAGAGCUAUUUAUUGCCCUCGGUUUUGAGAUACAAAGGAGACAGAACCUUUCAAGACUACAGCUCUUAGACGAACUUGAUGAUGUUGCCUGCCAGGAUCACAGUGCUUAUGAUUGUUUUGUGUUGUGGCUCAUGAGCCAUGGCAGGAGUGGUGAGGUGUUCUGUUCUGACGGUAACACAAUACCUAUUCAGACUCUUCAUGAUAUGUUCAGCAAUAGCGAUACGCUAAGCGGUAAGCCAAAGCUGUUUUUCAUCCAGGCGUGCAGAGGUGACGGAGAAGACGAGGGGGUGUCUGUUUCCGCUGAUACCGGUAUUUCAUCUUACGAACAGCUUAGUCCCAACCAAGUUGAUUCACCCAUUGAUGCCGUGAAGAAACCUGCACCCAGAGUCCCCACACAUGCAGAUUUUUUGUACGCAUUUUCUACAGUCGAUGAGUAUGUAUCGUACAGACAUGAGGCUCUAGGAAGCUACUAUGUUCGCGGCCUAGUUGAGGCAUUCCGUGAACGUGCUGUUUAUGACCAUCUUCUCGAUAUUUUAACAGUAGUCAACCAGAACGUCAGUAACAUGGAAGCUAACAUGCCAUCGGUGAAGAACAAGAAUGAAAUCAAAACCUUUAAACAAAUGCCUGAAGUUAAACAUACCCUGCGGAAAAAAGUUCGUUUUUAG